ACGGCAUAGCAUACAUUGGAUCCACGCAAAGAAUGAGCAGCUAACCCGAAGUAGAUUGGUCUUCCAACAUAGUGGGAAUUUCUACAUUCAAACUCCAAAAUACAGUUUAAAACUGAUCUCAGAACAACGUUAUCGAAGGAACAUCAAGCGAAAGUCACGAGGUAUACUUCUAGUUCAGGUUGGACAGAGACGCGCUGGCCUGUUAGCUAGCUACCGUUAGCUUUUCUACUGUAACUGGUCAUCUAACUGAACUAUAUCAGUCUUGACAUUGACUUCAUUGCUGUUGUUGCCACGUGAGCAGGACAAUAUGAGUGGAGAGAGGGAAACGUUGAUGGAUGAAAUGGAACAGAGUUUAUACACUUUAACCAACGACAAUUUACGCUGCCUGUGUGAACGCAGUGGAAUAGGUGGCAAGGAUGGCUCUGAUGUUCAAGGAAAGAAUCACCAUCACUCAUUGUGCCGUAAAAUCCUGGAGGAACUUUGGGAAAAUGCAGAUUCAAUGGAAUCGGAGGAGCAGGGAAUGUCUUGGUUACUCCAACUGAAAGAGGACAUCAGGAAGAUACAGGAGGAGGGUAUCGGUGCACCUUUGAGUCCCAGCCAAUCCAUUGAUGAUGACGCUGUAGACUGUGAUGAAGACGAGAACCAGAAGGACAGGGAUUUGUUACCUAGCAAAAGGCUGGAGGGGGAACCCAUGAGUCCCAGCCAAUCCUUUGAUGACGAGGAUGCUGUAGACUGCGACGAAGAAUGUGUGGAAGACAGGGAUUUGUUGCCUAGCAAAAGGCUGGAGGGGGAAUCCAUAAGUCCCAGCCAAUCCUUUGAUGACGAGGAUGCUGUAGACUGCGACGAAGAAUGUGUGGAAGACAGGGAUUUGUUGCCUAGCAAAAGGCUGGAGGGGGAAUCCAUAAGUCCCAGCCAAUCCUUUGAUGACGAGGAUGCUGUAGACUGUGACGAAGAAUGUGUGGAAGACAGGGAUUUGUUGCCUAGCAAAGGGAUGGAGGCAGAACCAGCACCAGAGAGACACACACCAGAGCAGAGGGAGAAGAGAUUGAGUGGGGCCCCCUCUCUGUCCUCUCCUGAUAAUGCCUUACUGCUGGGUCUGAAGAGAGUGUCUGUGCGGCUGGUCGACUGCAGGAAAACACCAGGGUUGAGUGGAACUGCUGGAGGAGGAGACGAGGAGGAGGAAGGAGACGAGGAGGAGGAAGGAGACGAGGAGGAGGAAGGAGACGAGGAGGAGGAAGGAGACUUGAUUCAUCAAAGAGAGAGACGUGGCAACCAUGGAUCUUCUGGGGAGCCUCAACAACAACCUCAUGCUGACAACACAGACUGGAGUCUCCUCACAUCAAAACACCUCAAUAAACAACCGCAGAGACAUACAGGGAAGAAACCACACCACUGCUGUUCUGAGUGUGGGAAGACUUUCGGCUGUCCAGCGACACUCAAAAUGCACAGAAGAAUCCAUAGGAGAGAGAAACCUUACCGCUGCUCACAGUGUGGGGAUACUUUCAGUCAAGAAAUGACUCUUAAGAUUCACCAGCAGAUGCACACUGGGAAGAAACCUCACCACUGCUCUGACUGCGGAAAGAGUUUCAGUGUUUUAUCAAGCUUGAAAAUCCAUCAAAGCACCCACACCGAAAAUAAACUAUUCCAAUGCUCCAAGUGUGGGAAAGGUUUUGCAAACAACCACUAUCGAAAAAUACAUGAGAAAACGGUACAUGAGCCUCCCGCAGAAAGGUCUUACCACUGCUCUGACUGCGGGAAGAGCUACAGUUUUUUAUCAACCUUCAAAAACCAUCAAAGAAAACACACAGGAGAGAAACCAUUCCAAUGCUCCAAGUGCAAGAAAAGUUUUGCUCAGAAGUCCACUCUGAAAGCCCACGAGCAAACACACAUGCCUGCUGCAGAAAGGCCUUACCAAUGCUCCUACUGCGAGAAGAAGUUUUGUAUUUCGGCAUCCUUUAAUUUCCAUAUGAGAAUGCAUACUGAAGAAAAACCAUUCCAAUGUUCCGUCUGCGGAAUGCGGUUCAUUCACGCCAGUUUACUGAAAGCUCACAAACACAAACACAAGCCCUCUGACGAAAGGCCCUUCCACUGCUCUAAAUGUGGAGCGUGUUUUACUACAAAAGGUAAUCUUAAAUUUCACCAGCUGACCCAUGACCGGGGAGAGAGAACUUAUCGCUGCUCUGAGUGUGGGCAUUGUUUCUCUCAUCCGAUUUAUCUGAAGAAACACCAGAAAAGGCACAGUAAAGAGAUGUCCAUUGUCUGUGACCUGUGCGGGAAGACCUUCAACCAUCCAAGCAACUUUAAAACGCACAUGAAGAUACACCAAGGAGUGAAACCGUACCACUGCUCCGACUGUGGCAGGAGCUUCAUAUUCCGCCAAGGUUUAACAACACACCAGCGUGUUCACACCGGCGAGCUGCCUUACGUCUGUGAUCAAUGUGGAAAGAGAUUUUCUCAGUACAAUUCUUUGGUGAUUCACCAGCGAACCCACACCGGAGUGAAACCUUACCCAUGCUUGGUCUGUGGGAAGAGCUUCAGUCGGUCACAAAACCUUGCUGCACACAAGAGAACUCAUACUGGAGAGAAGCCUCACGCCUGUGAUCAGUGCGGGAAGAGGUUUUCCCGAACCGACGCACUGGCUGUACACAAGCGCACUCACACUGGAGAGAAGCCUUACAGCUGUGAUAUAUGCAGGGAGACAUUCACCUAUUUAGUAGCCAUGUUGAAACAUAAGAAAAGACAUUGACAUCCUGCAGGUGAUGUACUCUGUGCUGAAUGUCCUCAGGACGAUUCCAGCUCUGUCUAUGAAUAGAGAACUUUGUUUAACUUUCAGAAGACAUCAAUUUGUUGUUUUGCUUGCAAUCUAACCCCCAGAGAGAGAGACACACACACACUCACACACGCAGACAAACCCAGAGGGCGGCAGGUAGCCUAGCGGUUAAGUGCGUUUGACCGGUAACAGAAAGUUCGCUGGUUUGAAUCCCUGAGUCGGCAAAGGUUAGGAA